CAGGCAAACACGCAUGGACAGCCUUCCCUCCCUCAUCGAGGUAUGUAAACGCUUCAGAGAGAUCAUCAAUGGCCAUCGGAUGAUUCUAAAAUGUUAUUACCUUGAGCACAGAUUUCCCGAACUAUAUGAUCUCUAUAAUCCCAGAAUUCUACUCGAAUUAACUCUUCCCAACAUACAGCACUCUGCGAGACACGCAUAUUUUGAAAAGCUUGAUCUCAAAUGCCUGACCUCGAUGCCUUACAAAUAUCUCGCAUUUCUCGAAUCCAUUGACGACCGGGUUAGAGCCAUCAUUGACGUCGUGCGCAGCUUUGGAAUUGAACAAGAACGUCUCUACAGAACCGUCUGCCUCUUAUGGUUCUACCUCUCUCUUGACACACGCUGCUCGGGCAUUCUUAAAAACAAACGUGCCCUACUCGAUAUUCCUGCAGCCGCCAAAAGAGCGUUAUACAGGCUUACCUGGAAAAUAGCCAAGGGCAUGGUCGAGGACCGUCUCCGUAAAGGUACACUCUGGAAAAUGCUCAGGGGCCUCAAUCCCACCUGGGAAAUCGCCGAAGUGACGGAUGAUGAGAGCUCCAGGACUCCACGAGUCUCAUAUUAUCUCGUCCCCGACUGCGACGGACGGGCAAUGCCUCGUCGGGAAGUGUAUCGCAGCGGACUACUUGCGCAUCUUGUGCAGCAAAGGCUCAUGACCCAGACCCCGGACACGCUGUUGGUAUUCCUCAGUUCAUUUCCCCGCAGACCACAGUACCAUCCGUUCUACUCCGAGUGCAUCAUAACCCAAAACAACCGGAAAGCGUGGCAUGUACAAAAUAUAAGCGGCUACAUGGAUCGAGUAAAAGAACUACGUUUCUAUGUUAGGGCUCCGGCUCAUGAAAUCCAACGGGCUCUGCAGCAUGAUAGUCCUUGGAGGGAGAGUCUGGUGGAACGCAUGGAGCGAUUUCCAGAUUUUGCAGCAAAACCUGCAACACGCUGUUAUCUUCAUGAUGACUUUUGCUUGGACCGCUUAUUUGGGGAAUAGUUUUGUGUGUAUACUGGUUUACUGUUCUUUAUAUUUUUCUACGAGCAGAU